UAAGAACAUAACGUUCACAAAUGCAUUAUUUGCUAUGUAUAUUAUGCCAAAUUUUGCAUUACUUAAACGAACACCAGUAAAAAUACAUACGUGUGCAUAUAUAUAGGCUAACUAAACCUCAAUAUUGAGUGAGCAUCAAUGUUGAUUUAUUUUCAGCGUUGUUAUAAAAUUUAUUGUUUUGCGAUACUUGCAAAACUAAGAUGGCAGCCCUCAUGAGCAAUUUUAUACGAGUUCGUUUACGAUACGAUUCGAAAAGUUACACCAAUGCCUGGAUGCUUAUUGAUACACACAAGCAUGUGUGUAUUGAAAAUAUUAUCGAUGAUCUAAAAGUUCGGAAUGACAUAAACAAAGAAACAAAAAUGACACUAUGGAUUGGCGAGUUUAUUCUGCCUCAUGACGAACCAACACUGAUUUUAAAAGACGAGGAUGAAAUAAUAGUCCGGCAUGUUAGGAGAAAGUUGCAGCAGCUUGAGCAAAGAAAAGCAUCCAAGGAAAAGGAAGUCCGUGAGAAAUACUGCAGAAGAUAUUGACAUAAAAUCAGAACAAAAUGAAGACCUCCUAAUAAAGAAAGCAAAGAAAGAUGCUGAUCUGCGUAAAGCUGGUAUACAAGAAACUACAGAUAAUAUUGAAAGGCAUAAAAAGAAGAAAAAGAGUAAACAUAACAAAGCAUCCGGAUCAUGUGAUGAUACUGAUAAUCUUGGCAAAGUUGGCUUGAUGUCCAUACACAAAAACAGCAGUAUGUUGAAGAAUGGUACAGACUUAACAGUUGGUAAUCAAGCAUUAAAUGCAAGUCAUGUCGAUAAGGUAGAUUCCAAACAAAACAGUGUUGACAGUGCGAGUCAUGGCGAUAAGGAAGAAUCCAAACAAAAUAGUGUUGACAGUGCAGAAGAGACAAAUGAUACUUGUCAUACAGCUGAAAUUCAUAAAAGGAGAAGAAUCAGAAAGCGUAAAAGAAAAAACAAGAAAUCUGUUCAAGUGGUUGAUAACUUAUCAAACUUAACAAAUAACAAUUCUUUGAAUAUGGUUCAAGAAGGUGACACAUUUUUUGGCAGGUUACCUGACAAGUUGGAACCUCCAAAAUAUUAUAGAGCUGGUUACAGAAAUCUGAAAACAUAUCAAGCUCAACCUAAUUUGCACCGAAAAUUUGAUUCAGGGUCGGAUGUUGAAGAAGGCAGCUUGGAGCAGUACAAUUUCCUUAGUAAACCUCAACAGUCUGACCACAGUGUUGAUGGUCAUCAGUUGGUUGACAUCUCAUGGGAAGAUGACAUGCAAAAUAACACGUUCACUGCAAUUAAAAUUGAAUCUUCUGACACAAUGUAUAAUUCAAACAAUCAUAACACUCACAAUGCCAUGCUCACUGACCAAACAGAAUACACCAAUGGUCACGUUGAAGCCAGCGUCUCCAUACCUGGUCAGAAAAUUCCUGCCACCCAGUGGGGCAGGGCUUCCAACUUGUCAGAGACCAGCACACCUGCAGAGCCUGUCAAGCUGACACAAGUCACACUGGGUAAUGGUGCCGCCCUGUUUACACGACAACGAGCAGCGAGGCCCCCUAAUAAUGAGUUGAGUAAAGAACAGCAGUUGAAUGAUAACGCCUACAACAAGUCAACCAUUUUCAAAAAUGACAGAAAAGGAAAUCCUGUCGAACCAGAAUCUCCUUGCCAUUUCCCUGCUACUAGAACUGCACAAAGUUUAUGUACCCCAGAAAAUGUGUGGAAAGUCCCAGAUAAAAAAGCAAACAACAACAGUGCUAUGCAAGAAUUCAUGCAUGCACUGGUUUCUCCCUUUGCAUCAGAAAUGCAUGUUCCAAGUGGGUCACCAGUGCCUGUAAAGUCCAAUAAUAAUCCGCAGAGUCUGGUAAACACCGAUGUCGGCGUCGAUACAAAUGCUGCAAACUUCUACAAACUUCCGCCUUUGGUGGGAAUUCCAAGUGUUGGGGAUAAAAUUGUGUACAAGAUCCUGGAGAUAUCGGCUAGCUGCACCCCAGAAGUGUCCGACUUUAAGGUUGCAAUAGUAACCAAGGUGAAUGAUAACCAAAUGAUAGAGCUUCACAACCAACAACAAACACAAGGGAACGUUAUCAACAAGUUUCAUGUUGAGAUGGAGGACGAGGAUGCCAUUCUGACAAACUUCCAGCAACCCCAAGAUAUAGCAUGUCUUCAUGUAAGCUCGUUGCUGGAUGCCAGAAUGUUUGAGCGUGCGUGAUGGACAUUCAACAUCUCAUCAAAUAUCUGACCAUAAAAUGAUCACAACAGACUGUGCUAUGACCUCUGACUUCGCGCCUAUAUUUUCUAUAUGAAUUGUUCUCUAUGCUACAGAAUUUAUGAUGAACUUUUUAUAAUUGUUAAGAUGUUAGCUGUUAUUGUCUUUAUAAAACGGGAGACUUGUUUGUGGACAUAAUCAGUGGGCUGUUUGCAUGCAGGACAAUUUUUCCUUCUCUCUAUUUCAAAAUGUUGACAUCAGAUUAUUAUGAAACUAGGUAAUAAUGUUUAUGUGCAUUAUAUCUCAAUGCCUGAUAAUCAGGUAGAUGGCCAUAUUCAAUUCUGAGUGAUGGACAUUAAAUUCUAAAAAAUGUCUGCUCUUAAUUCAUCAAGUUUCAGUAUCAUCUUCACAAAUCUUGGUCAAUUGACCCACACAUCAAAGAAAGAUUUAUUCCAAAUAAUGUUAUAGUGGUAAAUAUUAUGACACAAAUGUUUGUGUUUGAACGAUCGCCUAUCUGUUUAUUCUUAUGGAUAAUAAAUAAAAUCCAAUAUUUU